GGGGGAGGUAAAGAGAAAAAGUGGUAGAGAUAGCAGGGUAGAGAGAGAGAGGUACAGAGAGCAUUAGUGGGAGGUUGGUGUCCAGUGGUGAGAUACAGAGAGACAGAGAAUACUGUAAGUUUCCUGCAGCUGUUUCAAAGAAACAGGGAACAGAGAAAGUGGGUGAGGGAGGAGAGAGGGAAAAAGACAGUCAACUCUGACUGACAGUAAGCCAAAGAAAGGGGAAAAGACGGAGCAAAAGCCCUGGCAAAGGGAGUGGAAAAGAAAAGAGAGGACUACGAAACAAACUGAGCAGGCUAAGAAGUGACACAGGGGUGGAGUGAUAAAGAAGAGACAGAAAGGCAGUGAACCAGGUUGUAAAGAAACAUAACCCAGAAAAAUAAGAGCCUUAAGUCACUGAGGACACCAGUAACAGAGGACAAGUGAGAGCAGCCACCAUGACCACACUUCCUCUUGAGGACACCCCUGAAGAUGUCAACAAGCAGAGCUUCUGGAUGCCUGGGAACUACCACAGAACAGUAAAGCGCACAGAGGAUGCCUUCCAGGCGUGCAACGACAUUGUGGCAUGCUUCCAGGAGAGGGCUCGCGUGGAGAGGCUAUACGCUCAGCAGCUGAGCGAGUGGAGCAACAAGUGGAAGCCCCUGGUGGACUCCAGCCCGCUGUACGGAUCCCUUCUACAGGCGUGGCAGUGUUUCCUCUCCUCAGCCGAUCGCCUCUCUGCCCUUCACUCGUCCGUGUGCCGUUCCCUGGUUUCAGAGGACGGCGACCGGGUCAGGACCUGGCAGAAGGAGACCUUCCAUAAAAAGCUCUUUGGAGGUUUUAAGGAGUCCCAGGACUUCGACACAGGCUUCUCACGUGCUCAGAAGCCUUGGGCCAAACGUCUGAAGAAGCUGGACAAAGCCAGGAGUGCGUUCCAUAAAAUGCAGCGUAAGGAGCAGAUAAUCCGGGACCGGGAGACCCACGCCAAGGGAAACCCUGACAUUUCUAUUGAGAAACAGAAGAAGAUCCAGGAGGAGAGAGAACUUGCUCAGCAGGAGACAGAGAAAGUCCGAGCCCGCUAUGAGAAGGUUCUGGAAGAGGUGACCCGCUAUGCACCCCGCUACAUGGAGGAGAUGGAGUCUAUUUUUGACCAAUCACAAGAGGAGGAGAGGAAGAGGAUCAGCUUCCUGAAACAGGCUUUUCUGUCCAUCCACAGACACCUGGAUGUCACCAACAAUGAGAGUGUGAAAGCUGUGUAUAAUGAGCUCCACAAUACACUCAUGGCCAUUAAUGAACAGGACGACCUGCGCUGGUGGAAGAACACCCACGGACCAGGCAUGCCCACUGACUGGCCUCAGUUCCAGGAUUGGACACCAGAAAAGAAAAGCAAAAAGGUGAAGAAACAUAAAGAGGUAGAGGCACUACAAAGCACAAUAGAGAGAAGUGUAAUGAUUGGAGGUGUUCGGGUCAGAGCUCUCUAUGACUAUGACGGACAGGAGACAGAUGAGCUCUCAUUUAAAGCAGGUGAGGAAUUCCUGAAGAUUGAGGAUGAGGACGAUCAGGGUUGGUGCCGAGGGAUGAAGGAUGGAGGGAGGGAGGGACUCUACCCAGCCAACUAUGUGCAGGCGCUGUAGUCACACCAUUAGAAACACAAGAGAAGUCAAAUGAAAGUCGCUUGUUUUCGUCAUUAAGAGCUGAAAUGGUGAUAAGCUGAUGUUUAGCGUGGCCCGUUCCUUGGUAAAACACGUUGGCACCGUGGCCUACUUGACAGUCCGAGUAGCCGUGUAACAGAAUUGAAACACAGUGUAGCUUUUGUCCAAAGAUAUGACUUAGAAUUAGGAGGUAUAAGGAUCUGAUUCCUCGAAAUUGUAAUUUAGCAGACCGAACAGAACACUUCAAAUAUCCAGGUUUUUUAAUCGUGUAAAGAUUUUGGAAAAUGUCUAAUAUAUUUACAUGAAACAGCUGAAUGACAGCUAUAUGAUGCAUGAUGCCUUUAUGUACAAUUUGAGUGAUGCAAUGCUUGUUUCUAUGUGUUUGCUACAUUCACGGUAUAUAUCCUCAUCAUAUGUUGGCUAUUGUUUUGUAGUGGAACUGCAAUUCUCCUGCUUUAGCUUCAGUGAAAGACAGUAUCAUGUGUAUGUACACGUGUAUAAACAGUGGGGAGAACAAGUAUUUGAUACACUGCCGAUUUAGCAGGUUUUCCCACUU